UUCUCAUCUCUUUAUCUCAAACGAAAAAAAAAAAAAAAAUUAAAGAACCCCUGUGAGCUCUCUGUCUAAUCAAGUUAAUGGAGUUCUUUAACAAGGCAAAAACAGUAAGACUCAGGAGCUACCAUGACAAGUUCUUAGUUGCAGAUGAAGAUGAAGAAACAGUCCGGCAAGACCACGAUGGAUCCCCAUCUAAAGCCUGUUGGACCAUUGAGUUCGUUCAAAGCAAUUCCCACCUCAUCAGACUAAAAAGUUCAUAUGGCAAGUAUCUUUCAGCCUCAAAUGAGUCAUUUCUACUAGGCUUGACAGGAAAAAAAGUUAUGCAGAUCAUAUCAGCAACAAAGAAAGAUAUUACGAUCGAUUGGGAGCCGAGAACAGAAGGGUUUCACGUGAAGUUAAGGACAAGAGCCGGCACGUUUCUGCGUGCUAAUGGAGGAACCCCGCCGUGGAGGAACUCGGUAACUCAUGACGUUCCACAUAGGUCUGCUACACAAGAUUGGGUGCUUUGGAAGGUGGAUAUACUAGGAUUUGAUUCAAUACCUGGUUACUUAUCCUCUGCAUCGAGUGUUUCGUCUUCGUUUUCAUCGGAUUUUGCUGGUUCAGAGUGUUCGGAGACUGAGUCUCAGUCGGUGUAUUCUGUGUGUAGUGACAGAAAUGCAUUGGAAGAAGAGAAUAAUUAUGCUAUGGAGCUUUUCCAAGAAGCCAAAGUGAUCCGGCUUCGAAGCCACCAUGACAAGUUCCUAUUGGCAGAUGAUGAUCAAGAAUGUGUGAGCCAAGAUCGAAAUGGAGAAGUCAAGAAUGCAAGAUGGACGGUGGAGAUCGUCGAAAAGGCCAAUGUUGUGCGUUUGAAAAGUUAUUAUGGGAAGUAUCUAACAGCCUCCAACAUGCCAUUCCUGCUAGGGAUGACAGGCAAGAAAGUCCUGCAAAGCUUGCCAAGAAGAUUGGAUUCUUCUCUGGAAUGGCAGCCUAUUAGAGAAGGAGACCUAAUCAAGCUCAAGACUCGUUAUGGACAAUAUUUACGUGCAAAUGCAGGUCUACCACCUUGGAGGAAUCACAUUACUCAUGAUAUUCCUCGUAGAAGUUCAACCCAAGAUUGGAUUUUGUGGGAUAUUGAUAUUGUAGAGAUAAGGAGAACAGAUCCACCACCGCAAACCGCCACUAAUCGAGUUGAUCAACGACUGUAUUCUCAGAGACCACAGCUUAGUAAUCAAGCUGAGGUUGCACCUUCUAAGCCGGGUUCGCCCACUGCAAUAUGGCGUACACCACCUAGCUUUUCAAGAUCAGAGCUUUUCUAUUUGCAGUCUGAUGAUUCAUUUGUGGGCGUACCAAUGAAAAACGAAGGCAGGCUCAUCCAUUACAGUGUGGCCAACGAAAAUGGUGAUUUUGACGUCAAUAAGAAGCUUUCCUUUACUUUCAAGGGAACUGAGGUGGAAGAAUUGAAGCAAAGGUUGAAGGAAGAAACAAGGCUAGAUGAUAUCCUGGUGUGUUCUCGAAAUCCAUUGAAUGGGAAACAUUACCCUCUUCGGUUAAAUCUUCCUCCAAACAAUGCAGAGAUGAUUAUUGUUGUGCUUCCCUCAUCAGGGAAAGAUGGAGAAUGGAAAGAAGAGCAUGGCCGUUUUGGUUGGAUGUAAUUACCCAAACACCAACAACGAGUUGCAUGGUUGCAUUAAUGAUGUCUUAGCCAUGAGAGAUGUGCUUAUCAACCGAUUUGGGUUGGACCCUAG